AUGCGCGCGACGGCGAUCGCGCGCGCGCGCGCGACGGCGACGGCGCGCGCGACGGCGACGCGCGCGCGACGCGCGCGGCGAACGACGACGCGCGCGGGCGUCGAGGAAGAGACGAACUUUGCCCCCAUCGACGCGACGGCGAGCGACGCCCCGGGAGGCGUCGCCGACGGGCGGUUCGGACCGGAGGCCGCGCUGCUCGUCGGGUUCACCGAGAGCGAGGUCGCGCGAUGGCGCGAGACGCUGGACGAGAUCGGCGCGGAUUUCGUGCGCGCGACGGCGUGCGAAGAGGCGACGCUCGACGCGCCGCUCGGACGCGCGUUGGAGCGGCUUCCGCGAGAGGACGCGAGCGCGGCUAAACUCGCGCUCGGGGUGCCGAGGAUGAUGUUUUUGAGCGGGAUGAGCUCGGCGGAGGUGAUGGAGAUCGUGGACGUGUACGACGAACUCGAAUGGGAGCCGUGCGUGUUCGCGUGCGCGGUGCCGAAAAAUUACGAGACAAACGUCCGCGCGCUACUGGCGGAGAUCAUGGACGACCACGAGCGCUUGACGGGGGAGGCGCGGUGUAAUUUGUAA